AUGAUAAACUUCCGGGACAUCUUGCACUCUUCUGCACUUAAGGUUCUUGGACCUUCAUAUAGGAAGCAGCCGGACUGGUUUGACGAAAACGAUGAAGAGAUUAAGGCCUUGCUUGCUGAAAAACACCAUCUCUACCGUGCUCAUCAGAAUGACCCGUCUUCAACUCAGAUGCUUGCAUGCGAGCAAAAGCAAGAUAGUGCUUAUGAUGCUUGAUCUGAAGCAUGGACCCUGGGGAGUAAAACUGUAUAAGUGAUUUGGCAACCUUUGGCUGAUUUGUAUCCCAUGAGAAUUUGGUUCGUAAUACAAGGUAAAGACUCAGUAAAACUGAUCUAUGUUUUGGGUUCUUGGACAGCUUACCAUCUUCUACAAGAAUCCAUCUUCAAUAUUAUGGCAGCUGAAUUCAAUGAUUUUAUCAGCAAGUGUUUAACCAAAGAUUUUGAAAAGUAUCCUGGAGUGACUGACCAACCAAAGCAGGUGGAAGGCAAAGAAUAUAUCCAGCAUAUACAACUGAUGGAGUCUAUUAAUAAUCACCAACAGAUGGGCAUUACAAAAAAAUCAAGAGUUGAAUAUAUUGAUUCCAAUAAACAGAAUGUGACUAGAUCUCCAACUGCUAAUCAGGAGGAGGUGGAUGAUCUGGCAACCUUAGAAAUAUUAGAUGAGAAUACAAUAACAGAGCAACUUGAGAAGAGCUACACUCGAGGUCAAAUUUACACUUAUGUGGGAGAUAUCCUCAUUGCAGUCAACCCUUUUCGGAAGUUAGAUCUUUACUCUACAAAGCAUUCCAGAUUGUACAUGGGGGCUAAACGGACUCACAACCCUCCACAUAUUUUUGCUAUGGCUGAUACUGCAUAUCAAUCAAUGGUCACCUAUGGGUCAGAUCAGUGUAUUGUCAUUUCUGGAGAAAGUGGUGCUGGGAAGACUCAAAGUUCUCACCUGCUAGUUCAACAGUUGACAGUCCUUGGAAAGGCUAAUAACAGGACUCUUCAAGGAAAAAUUAUCCAAGUAAACAAUCUGUUGGAAGCCUUUGGAAAUGCAGCCACUGUUAUUAAUGAUAAUUCUAGCAGAUUUGGGAAAUAUCUGGAAAUGAAAUUCACUUCUAAAGGAACUGUUGUAAGCGCUCAGAUUUCAGAAUAUCUUCUAGAAAAGUCUAGAGUCAUAUGUCAAACUGGUGGGGAGAAGAAUUUUCAUAUGUUCUAUUACAUCUAUGCUGGAUUGGCAGAAAAGAAAAGAUUACCUCAUUAUAAAUUGCCAGAAAAUGAACUCCCAAGUUAUCUACAAAAUGAACUUCGGACACCAGCGCAAGAGGUCCUGAACAAUAAUUGUUAUAAAUCCAAGUUUGCAUCAGUUGAGCAGUGCUUUAAAGUGAUUGGCUUUACAAUGGAGGAACUAGAGUGUGUAUACUGUGUACUUGCUGCCAUUUUAAAUCUGGGUAACAUUGAAUUUUCAUCAGAGGUAACAGAGUACAUGAUUGACAAGAGCAUAAUUUCCAAUCCAAUGCCUCUGGAGAAUUCUGCUUCCUUGUUAUUUAUCCAAGCAAAUAAGUUGCAAGAAGCCCUAACCUCUCAUUGUGUGGUUACCCGAGGGGAAACAAUUAUACGACCCAACACAGUGGAAAAAGCUAUUGAUGUGAGAGAUGCUACAGCCAAAGCAUUGUAUGGGUGGCUCUUUAGUUGGAUAGUCAAUCAUAUUAAUGUCCUGCUCAAACCAACUACAGGUUUAAGUGGAAGCGAUAAAGGACUAAACAUUGGAAUUCUUGAUAUCUUUGGUUUUGAAAACUUCAAGAAAAAUUCUUUUGAGCAGCUCUGUAUCAACAUUGCCAAUGAACAGAUUCAGUUUUACUUCAAUCAGAAUAUCUUUGCAUGGGAACAGAAUGAAUACAUGAAUGAAGGCAUUGAUGCACGAAUUAUUGAGUAUGAGGACAACAAACCACUAUUAGAUAUAUUCCUACAAAAGCCAAUGGGAUUACUGUCCCUUCUUGAUGAAGAAAGUAAUUUUCCUCAAGCCACUGAUCAGACACUUGUUGAAAAAUUUGAAGACAAUUUGAAAUCCAAAUAUUUCUGGAGACCAAAGAGAAUUGAUUUGACAUUUGGCAUCUACCAUUAUGCAGGGCAGGUUCUUUAUAAUGUAAGUGGGUUCUUAGCCAAAAACAGAGAUACCUUGCCAGCUGAUAUUGUAUUACUCCUGCGAUCCUCUCAGAAUCACUUGAUUCGACAGAUAGUAACCUACCCUCUUACCAAAACAGGUAAUAAAUCCUACCUUGCAUUUGCCAGGUCCAAAAGAGCUAUCAACCAUGACAACCACCAACCAUAUAGGAAUAUCAGUGAAGACCAUCAGGAUAUCUUUGAAUUGUACAAUUCAUUUUCCUUCUGUAAUGAGCAAGAAGAUUCCAUGCAUCCAAGAGAAACAAGCAAUAUGAAAACGCAGACAGUUGCUUCUUAUUUCCGAAACUCAUUGAUGGAUUUGUUGUACAAAUUGGCAGUUGGCCAGCCUCAUUUUGUUCGUUGUAUUAAACCAAACAACCAUCGACAGGCAAACAAGUAUGAAAAAGAAAAAGUAUCAAUUCAGUUGCGAUACACUGGAAUUUUGGAAACAGCUCGGAUUCGGCAACAGGGUUAUUCUCAUCGUAUUCUUUUUGCAAACUUCAUAAAGCGAUACUAUUUCCUUUGUUACAAUUCCAGCAACGAACUUCCUAUAAAUUCUGCUACUUGUACUGCCAUCUUGGAAAAAGCCAAGUUGAAUAACUGGAUGGUUGGGAAAACAAAGGUUUUUCUGAAGUACUACCAUGUAGAACAACUAAACAUAAAGCGAAAGGAGACAAUUCAUAGGAUUGUUUUGAUUCAAAUCUAUGUGAGAAAAUGGCUUCAUUCAAACAGAUUUAAAAAGUUGAAGGAGAAAAGGGAAGCAAGUGCAACUAAAAUACAAUCAGUUUACAGGGGAUAUGUCACUCGCAAAGCAUUUGCAGAGGCAAAGAAUGUGUAUGGAACAGCUAUGUGGGUUAUCAAGCUCCAGGCAGUUACAAGAAGAUUCUUGAUCCAAAAGGGGGCUAAAGAAAUAAAUGAUGCUGCAGUAAUAAUUCAGUCUUACUUCAGAGGAUACAGGGAGAGAACAAGUCUCAAAAGAAGAAGGGAAUCAUUUCUCAAGAAUAAGCAAGCCGGAAUGGCAACAAGCCCAGGGGAAAAAGAAAAUCUUCCUGAAGAAGACCAAAAUCAACCCAAAAAACAGGGUUCUGUUUCUCCCCAGGAAAGAUCUUCACAAAGCUCACUGAAAUCUAUGGAAGCCAGCCAACAAACCACAGAGGAUAAAGUGAAGGCAGCUUUAGUCAUUCAGAGUAUUUAUCGAGGAUACCGAGUAAGAGAUCAGCUCAGAAAGAAAAGGAAGUUGCCUUUUGAAAAUCAAGAUGAUAGUGAGUCUGGGGCUUUGUCUGAUGAUCUAGCUGUAAAAGAUGGUCCAGAGGAGGAAAAAUCUAACUUGGCUGUUUUCUCCAAGCAGAUAUCAAAGUUAUCAGAGAACUAUCUGUCACUGGAGAAGAAACUGAAUGAAAUACUUUUAUCCCAUCAGCUGAAUCCCAUGAAGCUCCCCACAAGCUACCAUCCCAGCAGGCACCUUUCUUCAUAUGUAUACCAGUCUGUUGGUUUCAAAAGAGAGGAUGGCGAUCAUUCACAGAGAAGCCCAAGGCGAUUUCCUAAACCCAAGAUGUUAGAUGAUCCUGAAGAUUCAACCUUUUAUGCUCUUCUACAUAAAUUUUCAUCUAUGCAAGAUGAAAGGCAAAAAGCAAGAAGUAACAGUCUGGGCAAGAUACUGAAUAUAGAAGAUCGAUACUAUCAGGAAUUUUCAUCCACUGAUUUCGUCUCAAAGGAUAGAAAUGCCAGCACAAGAGUAAAGAAUCUCAUGCAAGAUCCUAUCUCUGCAACAUUAAGAAGUAGUGAAGGGCCAAAGGUCAAAGAGAACGAAGAUGAAGAUUAUCCUUUUGACUACCAAAAACUACUCCGGAAGACCUCUCAACGCCGGCGCCUUCUCCAGAAAUAUUAG